AUGACUUGCUGCUGCCUUUAUGUACAUGUUUACACUGGCAUCAAGGUAACACGUUUCUGUCGGGAUAACAACAUGGUCUCUCGAGACGGUUUGACGAAGAUUGCCGCACUGUUUGGAGUUUUUGUGGUUUUGAAGGUGCAAGCUGUUCCGACACUUACCGGUUAUGAUAAUGUAGAUGCAGGUGAACUGAGGGACGACAUACCCGAGAUCAACAGAGGUUUAAAACACCUGUUUGAGGGAGACAUCGCUGGUGAUCCCAACAGAAAUGCAAUCCUUGAUGAAACAAGAAGAUGGAAGUUUCCUAUACCAUACAUCUUAACAGAUUCACUAGAGCUGAAUGCGAAAGGGGUGAUCCUCCAGGCUCUUGAAGAAUACCGUCUGAGAUCCUGUGUCGACUUCAAGCCCUAUGAAGGAGAAGCCAGCCACAUCUCCUUCACUAAGCUUUCUGGAUGCUGGUCAUAUGUUGGAGAUGAUAAAAAAGGCCAGAAUGUGUCUAUUGGGGCCAGGUGCGACACGAAGGCCAUUGUGCAGCAUGAGCUCCUGCACGCUCUGGGCUUUUACCACGAACAGUCUCGUUCUGAUAGAGAUGACUAUGUCAAGAUCUGGUGGGACCAGAUUGAAGAAGGGAAGGAGCACAAUUUCAAUAAGUAUGAGGAUAACUUCGUCACUGAUCUGAAUACGCCGUAUGAUUAUGAGUCCAUCAUGCACUACAGACCACUGUCCUUCAACAAGAACGAAAGUAUCCCCACAAUCACCACCGCCAUACCGUAUUUUAAUGAAGUCAUUGGCCAGCGACUGGACUUCAGUGCUAUAGACAUCACCAGAGUCAACCGCAUGUAUGACUGUGCCAACACACACACUCUUCUGGACCAGUGUUCCUUUGAGCUGAUCAACAUCUGUGGAAUGAUCCAGAAUGAGGAGGACAAUGCAGACUGGGUCCAGACACUUAGCAGUCCAGUUGAUGCAGAUCACACCCUGGCAGGGCGUUGCAGAGAUUCUGGCUACUUCAUGAAGUUUGACACUUCUUCUGGCGUAGCUGGAAACAGCGCCUUGCUGGAGUCACGUAUCCUCUACCCCAAGAGAGACGAACAGUGCCUGCAGUUUUUCUACAAAAUGACUGGAGCAGCUGGGGACAAACUUGUGAUAUGGAUCAGGACUGAUGAUGGGACAGGAACUGUUCGCAGUGUCAGAAAGAUCCACACCAUCACAGGUGAUGGAGAUGAUGCCUGGAAAAUAGCCCAUGUGACUCUCAAGGUGACAAAGAAGUUCCGCUAUUUCUUCCAAGGCAUCAGAGGUUCAUCCAACUCCACGGGUGCUAUCUUAAUUGAUGACAUCACUCUUACUGAGACAGUUUGCCCCAGUGCUGUUUGGCAAAUCCACAACUUCGAUAGCGUCCUUGCCGCAAACCCUGUUGGCAAGUCGCUUAAAAGCAAGUGCUUCUACAACUCGGAGGGCUACUCAUUUGGUAUCAGUGUUUACCCAAAUGGGAGAGAGAGCGACUACCCAGACUAUGUUAGCGUGACCAUGCACCUCUGCAGUGGGGAAAAUGAUGCAGUGAUGCAGUGGCCUGCCAAAAACAGGCAGGCAACCAUUGUUGCCAUGGACCAGGACCCUGAUGUGAAACUGAGGAUGUCUUCUACAAGAAGCUUCACCACAGACACUCAUGCCCGCUGGAACAAACCAACAUCCACUUCAGGAGCAAAGUGGGAUCCGAGCUGCCAGUGUUACCGCGGCCAAGACCUAGGCUGGAGCACAUUCAUUUCUCACAAGCAUCUACAAAGGAGGAGCUUCCUCAAGAACAAUGAUCUCAUCAUUACUGCUGACUUCAAUGAUUUGACCCACCUGAUCAAGACAGAGGUUCCUGUCCAACCGGCUGCACCAAGUAACGACAUCACAGAUGAGAAGCCAAUCAGAGAGGAGGAAAUUAGACCAGAGGCUAUAAAACACAGAGAAGCACGUGCUGCCAACCCCUGUCAUCCCAACCCUUGUUUUAAUGGAGGCGUGUGUGUUGAGAGUGAAGGGAAAGCCUCGUGCAGGUGUGCAUCAAGCCAGAGCACCUACUACACCGGUAAGAGGUGUGAGGAACUGAAAAUAGACAGAGGCAUUCUGGGAGCUUUGAUCGGUGGUGCAGCGGGGACCGUUGUUCUGACACUGGCCAUCUUCACUGUCAUCAGGAGAACUCGCUAAAUCACAUUUCACAGGACUAAAUGUGUCAUCUGCGUUCAUCCAGCAGAGUUAAGACUUCUCAAAUCUAAACCUCCCCCCACAAUACAAGUUAAGGGGUAAGGGGUCACUUUUAAAAUGAAUACAUUUAUCAUGAAGGAGUAGCAGCGGUAAAUUAAGAACUACACCUUAGUCUGCAACAGGAGGAAAACUAGGAUCAAAACCAGAAUGAAUGAACAAGUCUUUCAAAGUAGCAUCAUCCUGCAGGAGGAUAGCAUCAGUACUUCUGUGUCCUAAGUUUAAUUUAUUUGUAUGAUAAAAAUAAUCAUAUAUA